AUGCCAGUUGAGGAGCUUCAUAAGAUAGCACCGAGUCCAAUUUAUACAUUGGAAGAGCCUGCUUUCAACAAGAGUAAUAAUAAGCUGCUGCAGCCGUUGUCACAUCCACAUGAUAAACCGCCAAUAUCGCGAUGGAUAUUGUCUUUGCUUUAUAAACUUCAAAAAUAUAGCGCAUAUACAUUUCUAAGCUUUCUUGGUAUACAUUUGACAUCUGUUGUGAUAGUGCCGAUUUUCCCUAUAUCUAAAGAUAUCAAAGAAGAAGUAUUUAGCUUGGCGAAAGCAGUGUAUCAGGGUAUACCGUUUUAUGAACCAUUUGUCAUUUUUGGUUCAGGUAUAGUUCAUGUUCUACUGGGGAUAGCUUUGCGCUUUUGCAGGAGCAAAAACAACAACAAGACGCAAAAUAAGACGAUGCACCAGAUAAAGAAAAAUUUACUGAAUAACAAGAUAGUCAUCAAGGAAACUGACGACGAUAUAGGCUUUGGAGGCAUUUCGAAUUUGGUUGGUUUAGGGUAUAGAAGAUCAUUUACAUCACAGCUCUUUGGCUUAACACCAUUGCAGUUUCUGGGAUAUUUGAGUUUGCCAUUUGUACUAUCCCAUAUUUUCAAAUUUAGGUAUAUCCCCUAUGCCAUUGAAGGAGAUUCGUCACUUGUCAACUUAAGUUACAUCUCAUAUGCAUUGAAGUUGAAGCAUACUUUAUUGAAUUGUUUUUUGUUAACUGGACUUGUUUGGGUGAUGUCGUAUCAUACAACCAACGGGGUGAUGAAACUAAAGGGACUAUAUAGUAAGAAUUGGAAAAGGAUAGGAUUAAGUGUAGUUAAUUGUUUGGGUAUAUGUGGCUGUAUAAGCAUUUAUUUAUUUAAAAGAGAGGAAAUUGCGGGUGAAGCUGAUUUCAUUGGUAGAACUUUCACAAAGUAUAUCAAUUCCUUUUUGCUAUAG